AUAUCACUUGUAAAUAUUCUACAAGUCUCAGUUCAGGUAACACUCCGGCAUGAAAAAGCACGUGAAAUUCCUUGAAAACAGCGAUAAAAGUCGUCUGUACCACAAAAAGUCGCUUUUGCCUUUAAGGCCAUCUGGUCUCAAUCAUGUGCAAACUGGCAAAACAAGCUCAGUAUUUGGACACAAAAUACAAAGACCUGCAACUGUACAAGUGCCAGAACAAGAUCGGGGCAUUAAAACUAUUCAUAUCCCUAAGACCAUAACUGCUGCUCCAUUUUUACAGCACCCAGGCCUGACACCCGGACAGAAGCGUUUUCUGUAUAGUAUCGCAGAGGCCUACAGUAAAGAGCACAUGCGGCAGUUAAUAUGUCAACACUAUAUGAAUGUAUUGCACCGCUGUAUCAGGACAGUGCCAGAUGCGAAUGUGAAUCUAAACGUGAAGCUGCAGAUGUCAACAUGCACCCCACAAGAGGAGCCCACGACAAAUUCUCAAAGUACAUCUACGAGCAAGACAAAAGAAAGUGGAAAAAGAUCUUCAACCUCAGAGAAAGUCAAGAAAACAACUUUACCUAAAAUUGUCAAGCAUCAAAGAAUAUCCUCUGGAUUUGCAAAAUCAAACAAAAUACAUUCAAAAAAGAGAAGGACUACCAUUUCAAAACAUGCUUCGUCACGGGGUAGGUUUGUUACUUUACAGACUACAAAUAGUGUGAUAUACAUGAUUCUUUACAAUUCUGAUAUUAUGAACAAGUCAGGUUCAUGUUUUGUGCUAAACAUUAUUCAAAAUGGACUUAAAUUUCCAGAAUCACAUCCAUGGGAAGAUGACUUUGAAUGGGAGGGGGCUGAAAUGGACUCUUAUAUUGCUGGACACAUGAGUGGCCUGUCUUUCAAUGAAUCGGAAGACGAUGAUGAGGACUUUCUAUUCCUUAGCUAACACAUCAAUCUGUUUUAUUUGUCAUUUGUGAAAAAUACCUAACAAGAUCAUUCUUAAAACAUACCCAACACGAUCCAGUUUUAAGUAAAAAGCUGUUCCAGACAUUUCAAAAUAGUCAUUUUAAUAAUGUGCAUUCUGUGUUUUCUUAUAAAAUAAAAAACAAAAUGACA